GAACUGGAGCUCGUAAUUUGCUCUGUGAUAUUUUUCUCUGUAUUACAUAAAAUUUUUAAUUAGCUCUUUACUUCAGUGCUUUAUUAAUUGAUAUAUAAUAUAUAUAUAUAUAUAUAUAUAUAUAUUCGUUCAAAAUGAGUAAAUUAGGUGCAUUAGCUGACGAUUCGUUAUCAAUAAUGGGGAGAAAAAAUAUUUAUUUGAAUAAUCGCGAGUUAAAAAAAAACUAUGGUUUAAUUAAUAAUAAAAAAAAUUCACAUGCUUGGAAUAAUUUACAAUUAAAUCUUGUUUCUAAACAUGACGAUACGGAUAACUAUGAAAUAGGAGCAUACGGUUACGGUAAAAAUAAUGUAAAGCUGCUUUACGUAAAACGCGAAGACAAAUAUCGACACGAAAUUCAUGAAUAUGAAGUCGAUACUCAUCUGCGACUGGGAUCACAAAAAGACUAUUUGGAGGGCGACAAUCGGGACAUAAUAGCCACCGACAGUCAGAAAAACACGGUCUACAUACUCGCUAAAAAAUACGGAAUAAAAUCCCCCGAAGAAUUCGGAAUAUUGCUGUGCGCUCAUUUUCUGUACACUUACAAACAUGUAGAGGAAGUGCACGUUAACAUAGAGGAAUAUCCGUGGAUGCGUCAUAGCGUUAAUGGAGUCCCCCACAACCACGCUUUCAUUUUCAAUCCUCAAGUCAUAAGACACUGUCAGGUUACACAACUCCGAAAUGAAUCUCCGAAAAUUCGUGGCGGCCUAAAAGAUCUCCGUGUUCUAAAAACAACGCAGAGUUCGUUUAUCGACUUUAUACAAGACGACUAUCGAACACUGCCCGAUGCAAAUGACAGAAUAUUUAGCACAGUAGUAUCAGCUUCUUGGGAUUUCUCGACUGCCAAAGACGUUGAUUUCGACCGAGUCUGGACCACCGUCAAAAAUUGCAUUCUAGAAAAUUUUGCCGGCCCCCCUUCAACUGGAAUUUCUUCACCCAGCGUUCAAAAUACUCUUUAUUUAGCUGAGAGAUGUGUGUUAGAUAAAAUUGACCAGAUUAAAAGCAUUGAAAUGCGUAUGCCGAACAAACAUUACUUAGAUCUUGACAUGAGCAAGUUUCCCAAACUGGUUGAAGGAGAGAACAAAGAAGUCUAUCUGCCAGUUGACAAGCCUGCGGGAAUUAUUUACGCACAACUGAAUAGAAAAGACGUUACCUCGAGGUUAUAGUGGAUUGAGUAAAAAAACUAUAGAUCGAAUUAUAAUACGAAGAAAAUAAACCCAAGACAUGUAAAAAUAAAAACCCACGUUUCCGGAGUCAUAUCAUGGAAAUACCUGUUUUUACAAAUAUUAUAUAUAAGUUUUCAAGUAUUUAAUAUAUAUUUAAAAUACGCCUUAGGUAAUAACGGAUGUUUGUACUCUUUUUUAUGGUAUUGACAAAAUAUUAAUAUAUAUACAUUUUUUUAUUAGUGCGUGCAGUAUUUUUUUUUUUUUAGUAUAUUUUGUACAGAAAAAAAUCAAUUGUUAAUAAUAAUGAAGUGAUGAGACUGUUAUUAAUUAAAUUAUCAUUUUCCUCUAUUGAUACUUGAGCAGGCAUCCGAAAUAUGGAGUUAUGUAAGAUCAAAAUUAUUUUCAUUAAAUGCCGACAGUAGGUUUAUUUUAUUUUAUUCAAGGCGUCUGCGGGUUAGUAGCGAAUCGGCUGCAAUUAUGUAAUUAAACAGUAAAGGAACAAUGAUUGUUUCACUUUUUGUCUGGUGUUUAUUUAGACUUCGAUACAUCGAUUAGGGACUCUACAUAUUUUUUUUUUAAUUUUUAGAUUAUUUGUAAGCCUUUGAAAUAUUGCGCUCACACGAUCGUAAUUUUUUUUUAACUGAGAAUUUUUUUGAAAACAUUUUACUACUGAGUCAUUUUACUAGCAGAGAUUGAAAAUCAAAUGGAGGAUUUAUUUAAUUGCGGAUUGAAUCAAUACCCGGGAGUUUCAUCACGAGUUAACACUAGUCUUAUUUGAAAAAAUAUUAUUAUCAUAUUUUUACAGAGAAUUAAAUUUUUUAUGACCAAUAAUUUGAUUAGAAAAAUAAGCGACAAAAAUUGACGAAAUUUUGGGUCGCUUGAAAAUUUUUUUAAAGGAAAUCUUAAUUUUAAACGUUUUUCCUUUACUUUUAUUUUGAUAUUUCAUAUGUUAUUCGUGACGAUGCUUAAAAAACUAGAAAUAUUUUUCUAAUUGU